AUGGAAGAGUUUACUAGUCAAAUGCAGCAAGCACAUGUGCCUGAUCAUGAUACCAAACUACUUCAAGAGUACUUGUCGACCCCGAUACCGCUUGGAAGCUCGCGAGAAAAAGAGAAUGAUACAUGCAUCACUACCAUUGCACCUGCAGAUCGGGAACUAGACCCCAGCACUGACACUGGUACCGAUACAGACAUUGACGCUGACACGGCUGCGUGGUGUGACCAUGCAGUGCGGGGACAAUGUAUGUUAGGCGAGGAAGAGAAGGCGCUCGACGACAUGGCGACGGCGUGCUUUUGUCCUCCAGCCCAAGACGGGCAACGGAAGCGGCAUCCUUGUGGUUGGAUCAAUUGUUCAUGCAGCUUCGACACACAUGCCGAAUUGACUGCACACAUUGCACAGGUGCAUGUUGGCUCUGGAAAAACCGAAUACGAGUGUGGCUGGGUAGGCUGUGAACGAGCGAUGCAAGGCCGUAAAUUCACGCAGAAACAAAAAGUACUCCGACACAUCCAAACACAUACAGGCGAUCGCCCGUAUGAAUGUCCAUCAUGCCACAAGCGCUUCAGUGAAGCCAGCACGCUCACACAGCAUAUGCGAACGCAUACGCAAGAGCGUCCGUACAAAUGCGACUUUCCCGGAUGCAACAAGACGUUUAGUGUUGUCGGCAGUCUGACGAUCCAUAAGCGCACACAUACGGGAGAUCGCCCGUUCAAAUGCCCUUAUCCAAACUGCGACAAGCAAUUUUCAGAAAGCAGCAAUCUCAACAAGCAUAUCCGCGUGCAUCGUGGCGACAAGCCUUUCCAGUGCCCUGAAUGCCUUCGUCGCUUCACACGUCCUGACCAGCUUACUCGUCACCGUAAAGUACAUGACAAAUCACUUUCUGCGCCACGUGCACGAAACAUCCCCACACCCACUCCACCUGUUUUGAUGCCCUAG